UAAAUUUAUUGUUUACGUUUUUAUCUUUUGUGAUUUAUCGUACGAGUAGCGUUUGAAUUUUUUUCCGUUUUGCUUUGCAAAGUAAAGUGUAUAGAGGUGUGGACCGUUUGGUACUUACUUAUGAGUUUAAUCUCUGUAGGCUUUUAAGGAAAAUUCACUGGCAGUUCGGUACUGCCUUUAUGUUGUCACUAUCUGUGACUAUCAGGCAGUUAUUUCGAAAGGUGGAAUUGAUCGUGCUCCUCCUAGAGUGCCGCACAGUUUGCUUUGCAGUUGCGGCACGAUGAUUUAACGGGGACCGCUGGAAAUGCUAAUGACAGUCAGGCAAAUUAUAGAUGUCGAUUUGUUGCAGAAUGUUUCGUAUGAAGACGGGAAAAGUCUUCUUAUGGAUGUUACUAAUCCUUUGCAAAACGUCUUGCCAAGGGGAAAAGGAUCCUUCAUCCAAAAACCAAACUGUACUCUCAACGAAAUGCGGUGCGGACGGAAAAGGUGCUGGUUGUCGGAACGUGAUGGAAGUGGCGCAAGAACAAUUCCUUGAGCAGCCGUCGGGGCAUUCUGUUGGCGGGAAAGUUGAUCAGAUGGAGAUAAAAUCCCCGCAGAACAGCGAUACUGAUAACUCUUUUGGGAAAAAAGACGUUGCAGACGCUCGUCCAUUGGCGGGGUUGUCCGAUGUGGAGCAGCUGUCUGGGAAAAAGAUCAGAAACAACGACGAUGCGGGAGUACCGAGCGCAGAUCACUUUGCAGACUCCUUUCACGCACACGGUGCGGAAUUUUUCCAAUACAAUCCCUACUCACCAGUCGUGCAGUGUGAUUAUUUGCCUAUGGAGUUUUUGGAAUGUGAACAACCUGCCGACUUGCAAGGGAACGUGACUCAAUAUCAGCAGCAGGGAUACGGCUGCUAUACGUACGGUGGACGCAGAUGGGAAGAUGUGCAGCAUAGUGCGGCUUGGUGUGCCGUUCUACCAGGAAUCGAAUGCUUUGGCCAACGGCAGUUCCUUCGGGAAGGAUUUCCCUGUGUUAAGUAUACCGGCUAUAGUUUUUUAUCUACGUUUCUCUAUUCCUUGUUGCUGGGAUUUCUCGGCGUGGAUCGUUUCUGCCUGGGGUAUACUGGACUGGGUGCGGCUAAGCUGCUGACCAUUGGUGGCUUCGGUGUGUGGUGGUUCGUGGACAUUGUUCUUCUGGUCACAGGAGACAUUAUGCCCGCUGAUGGUAGCAACUGGGUUCCCGAUUAUUGACUGCAUUUCUGAUUGUGGGGAUUAUCUGAGGGAAUGAUGUCUUACCUGUUAGAUGAGCGCGGAAGAUGAGAAGGAAACGGGAUGGAGAUUGUUUCCGUUGAUUUAUGCCAUCUUGUUUGCAACGAUGCCAGACUGAUAUGUUUAUAAAUGAAAGUGUAUUGAAUUUGCAUUGUUAAAAGUUUUGGUUUUAUUUGAUUUUUUAACUGUAUGAUUCCGAUUUUAGCUAUUGUUUCAAGACUGGUUUUAACUAAAUCGUGUUUUGUUUGCGUUUGAAGAUUGUCUUGGAGAUUAUUUUUCUAUCCUGAACAUUUCCACGAAUGACUUGAC